CCCGCCCGGGCGGCCCCGGCUGCCGGCAGGACGCGGCCCCGGGCGGGCGGGGCGGGAGGCGGGCGCGACCGAGCGUGACGGGCGGAGGGCGGGAGCGGAGCCCGCAGCGAGGAGCCACCCGGUGCCUCCGCCUCCGCAGCGCCCGUCGGGAGGCGGCCGGGCAGCGCCGCCGCCGAGCCCCCCCCGCCCGCUCCCUCGCCCGCCCUCGCCCCGCCGAGCGCCAUGGCGGCCGCGGCCGCCGAGCCCAGCAGCGGCCGGUACCAGCAGCUGCAGAAUGAAGAGGAGCCAGGCGAGACUGCGGCAGUGGUGAAUGAUGCCCCUCCGCCUUACAGCAGCAUUUCUGCAGAGAAUACAGCUUAUUUUGACUACAAGGAUGAGUCAGGAUUUCCAAAGCCUCCAUCUUACAAUGUGGCCACAACACUGCCUAGCUAUGAUGAGGCAGAGAGAACCAAGGCUGAAGCUACAAUUCCCUUGGUUCCAGGAAGGGAUGACGACUUUGUGACACGGGAUGAUUUUGACGACACCGACCAGCUGAGGAUAGGAAAUGACGGCAUUUUCAUGCUAACUUUCUUCAUGGCGUUCCUCUUCAACUGGAUUGGAUUUUUCCUGUCUUUCUGUCUGACUACUUCAGCUGCAGGACGAUACGGGGCCAUUUCUGGGUUUGGUCUUUCUCUUAUUAAGUGGAUCCUUAUUGUCAGGUUCUCCACCUAUUUUCCGGGUUACUUUGAUGGCCAGUACUGGCUUUGGUGGGUCUUCCUUGUACUAGGUUUUCUGCUGUUUCUCAGAGGAUUUAUUAAUUAUGCAAAGGUUAGGAAGAUGCCAGAUACGUUUUCCACUCUGCCCAGAACCAGAGUUCUCUUUAUUUACUAAAGAUGUUUUCUGGCAAAUGUCUUCCUGCGUUAGUGAAUUCUCCCUCAAGAAGCAGCAGGACACCUGCAGGAAGUGAAUCAAGACUUUGGAGCAGAAGAAAAAAUAGUCACCUGCUUUAAAAUAAAUGAAAAUAAAAGUACUGUUGGAAAAAAAAAGUACAAGAAAAAAAAAGGAGAAGCAUUUCUUUCUAUUUGUUUCUAGGUGUAAAAUUUUAAUAAUUAAUGCAGAAUACUGUAACCAUUGAAUCAUUAGUGGCUAAUGUUUGACAAAGCUAUUGCAGUCCAGUCCGUGCCGUGCUAAUGAAGCCUUCCGUAGUUUGUGCUGUAGUGAUGCGGGUCGCCUGAGCCCUGGCCCCGGGGCCAGCAGGGGACAGACUUGCUUUGUGUCCUCCUCCGGCCCGGCAGGAUCGGGGAUGGACGUGCUGGGAGCAGGGAUGGAUGCGGCAGGAGCCGGGAUGGAUGCUCUGGGGAGUGGGAGCGAUGGCCUUGCCACGGCUCCCCACCUUUCUGCGGCUUCCAGCCAGUGCCCGAAAGGAAAAGCGGGUCUGUGCGGUAUGGAUCCCUGAGGUGGAACUGGGAGAGAGUAUUACUUUGAAGGUGGCACAAGUAUUAGGGUUUUUUUUUUUUAAUAGUCUAUAUUCUCAAUGUUGUAGCAUACUUUGCUUUCAUACUACCUACUUUUUGGACUAUCUAGGGAUUUUCACAGUACACAUUGAUAGUGUAAAAAUGAAAGAUCACGUUGCAACUUUGUAUAAAAAAAAUUACCUUGCAAAACAAAGGCCUUUUUUUUUUUUUUGUUUUUUUUUUUUUUUGUUUUGUUCCCCCCCCACUUCGGCUUGGGACUUUUGAGACAAUUCCUAACGUACCUGUAAUUCUUGCUUUUCUAAUUUGUGUUAGCAGAGACUAUGAUGUGUUAUAAAUGUAGAUUGAAUGUGCACUUCUGUGCUUUCUGCCAAGUGGUAAUUCACUUUGGAGUUUUACUAUGUUAAAACUGUAAAUAUAGCAGAACAUUAAUAAAUGUCACUUAUGUAGCAAA